AUGUUUGAUGAUGAUGAUAUGAUGUUUGAUGAUGAAGGGGAAGUCAUUGAUGAUGAAGAGAUUGGAAUUGAAAAUAAAUUUUAUGAUGCAAAAAAUGAAAUGGAAACAAAUUUAGAAGGGGCUAUUGAAAGUUUCAAAGAAAUUGUUCAAGAAGAUAGUGAAAAGAAAACUGAGUGGGGAUAUAAGUCAUUGAGAAAAUUAUGUAGAUAUUAUGGUAAAGCAAAUAAUGAAGAAGAAUUUAAAACAUACUUUGUUCAAUUUUUAGAAUAUUUAAAUAUUCCAGCAGUUUCUAAAGCUGAGAAAGGGUUAUUCCUUAUUGUAGGAGAUAUAAAUGGAAUGAGAAAUGAAGUAGUUACUGAAGUAGUUAAUAAGGCUAUUGAAAUUUGUGAAAAGAAUUCAAAUUUCAGUAGAAUUAUAUUUAAAUUAAAUAUUAAGAAAGCUAAUACUAUGUUUGAAUCAGGUAAAUAUGAAGAAUUAAAACCAUUUUUGAGUGAGUUAGUUAAUUCAUGUUAUUUACCAAAUGGGAAAGAAGAUCCAAUGAGAAGUCAUUUAUUAAUUGAAUUAUAUGGACUAGAAAUUCAAUUAUAUUCUAAAUUAAAUGAUAUGAGAAAAUUACAACAGUUAUGUGGUAAAAUUAAUUUUAGUGAUAGAAACAUUAGUCAUCCUAAAGUUCUUGGUAUUAUUAUGGAAUGUUGUGGUAAAGUUAAAUUAUGUAAUUCGGAUUUUGCUGGAGCUAAAAAUGAUUUCUUUGAUUCAUUCAAAAGCUUAGAUGAAGCAGGUCUUCCAGAAAGAUUUGAUGCAUUAAGAUUUACUAUUUUAGCACACUUAUUAUCUGCAUCAAAAAUUGAUAUUUUCCAAGCCCAAGAAGUUAAAUCUUAUCAAACAUCACCUGAAAUGGAAUUAGUAUAUCAAUUAUAUUGUGCUUUUAAUGAAAAUAAUAUUAUUCACUUCAAAGAAGCAUUAAACAAAAGUGGAAGUCAAUUCAAAGAUCAUCCAUAUAUUCAACAAUACAUUCCAUUAUUAAUCGAAACUGCUCAAAAAAAUUUAAUACUAAAAUUAGUUAAAUGUUUUAAACGAAUCAAAUUUUCAUUCUUAGCUCAAGAAUUGGAUAUGCAAGAAGAAAAAGUUGAGUUACUUGUAUUACGUAUGAUCUUCGAUAACACUUUAAAAGCUAAAAUUAAUCAGUUUGACCGUUAUUUAAUUAUGACUGAAGAACAGUCUUCUGUCACUAGAAAAUAUAUUGCUAUUACUUCUAUGAGUAAAACUUUAGCUGCUUCUAUCUCCGUUUAA